AUGGCUAGUUGGGUCUUGUCAGAAUGUGGCAUUAGACCCCUCCCUCAAAUUCUUCCAAAGCCCAGAACGGGUUUCUUCUCAAAUUCAAUAAAAAACCACACCCAUCCCCUAAAGGUUCAGUUUUUACAAGCAAACAAGAAGAUUUUUUAUCCUAAAUUCUCUCCAGUGUCAAUUCCAAAGCUUUCGAGUGACAAAAAAUGGGUUUUGAAAGUGAGUACUCCAUCGAGGAUUGCAUCUUUGGAUGAAUAUGAGAAAGGGGAGAAAAAGGAGAAAGUUGUUGGUGUUAAUGGGGUUGGGGAAGAAGGAGGAGGAGAAUUUGAUUAUGGGGCACCCCCACCAUUCAAAUUGGCUGAUAUAAGGGCAGCCAUUCCAAAGCACUGUUGGGUUAAGGAUCCAUGGAGAUCGAUGAGCUAUGUUGUGAGGGAUGUGGCUAUUGUUUUGGGUUUAGCAGCAGGUGCAGCAUAUUUAAACAAUUGGUUCAUUUGGCCUCUUUAUUGGGCUGCUCAAGGAACAAUGUUUUGGGCAUUCUUUGUUCUUGGCCAUGAUUGUGGCCAUGGGAGCUUUUCGAACAAUCAGAAAUUGAACAGUGUUGUUGGACAUAUCCUGCAUUCUUCAAUUCUUGUGCCCUAUCAUGGAUGGAGAAUUAGCCAUAGAACUCACCACCAGAACCAUGGACAUGUUGAAAAUGAUGAAUCGUGGCAUCCGUUGCCCGAGAAGAUUUACAAGAAUUUGGAUAAAGUUACUCAAACAUUGCGAUUCACGGUGCCUUUCCCCAUGCUUGCCUAUCCUUUUUACCUUUGGAAUAGGAGUCCGGGAAAGACUGGUUCCCACUUUGAUCCCAACAGCGACUUGUUUGUUCCAAACGAGAGGAAAGAUGUGAUCACUUCAACAAUAUGCUGGACAGCAAUGGCUGCUUUGCUUGUGGGUUUGUCCUUUGUGCUUGGUCCAGUUAAACUUUUGCAACUCUACGGUGUGCCGUAUUGGGGUUUUGUCAUGUGGUUGGAUUUUGUUACCUAUCUUCAUCACCAUGGGCAUGAAGAUAAACUUCCCUGGUACCGAGGAAAGGAAUGGAGUUAUCUCAGGGGAGGACUCACGACUCUUGAUCGUGAUUAUGGAUGGAUUAAUAACAUCCACCACGAUAUUGGAACACAUGUGAUACACCAUCUCUUCCCUCAAAUACCACACUAUCAUUUAGUGGAGGCAACAGAGGCAGCUAAACCUGUCUUCGGGAAAUACUAUCGUGAACCUAAGAAAUCGAGCCCUCUGCCUUUCCAUCUUAUUGGCGAUUUGGUGAAAAGUUUGAAGCAGGAUCACUAUGUUAGUGAUACUGGUGAUGUGGUAUACUACCGAACUGACCCCAAGCUUAGCAGCUCUAAUAAAUCAAAGUGA